CCUCCAUCCUUCCUUCCUCCCCUCCUCUCCCCCUUCGUCUCCCCCAGCACACAACCGAACGCCGCGGCGCGGCAGAUACCCCCCGACCCACACAGGCGCGGCCAAAGCUCCAUCCUUUUAACCCCCCCCACCCCCCUACCCUCCCGCCUAGGGUUUCAGUCCGCCCCCCCGCGCCGCGCCGUCUCCACCCGACUACUCGAUCCUCCCGAUCCACCCCGAUCUGGUGGUUUUCCCGGCGGCGUGGAUGACGUGGCGGCGGCGGUAGAUGGGGAUGGCGGCGGUCAAGGUGGAGGGGCGCGACGGCUGCGCCGAGAGCAGGCAGCAUCUGGCGCUGUCGAGUCCGUCGGCGUCCGAGGGAGGGAGCUAUGGCGGCGGGCUCGCGUGGGCGUCGCCAAUGGUGCCCAGCCCCGCCGAUUCCGGCUCCAGCCGCAGGCGAAUAAGCGGCCCUGUAAGAAGAGCUAAGGGUGGCUGGACACCUGAAGAGGAUGAAACAUUGCGCAAGGCAGUUACUGUUUUCAAGGGUAAAAAUUGGAAGAGAGUAGCCCAGUUUUUCCCUGAUAGAACAGAAGUACAAUGUCUGCACAGAUGGCAAAAAGUUCUUGACCCUGAACUUAUAAAAGGACCUUGGACCCAAGAGGAAGAUGAGACCAUUAUCCAGAAGGUAAAGGAGCAUGGACCAACAAAAUGGUCCGUUAUAGCAAGGUCACUGCAUGGUCGUAUUGGUAAACAAUGCCGAGAGAGAUGGCAUAAUCAUCUGGAUCCUCAAAUAAGGAAAGAAGCUUGGACUUUUGAGGAGGAGCAGGUGCUUGUUGAUGCUCAUCGUAUGCAUGGUAAUAAAUGGGCGGAGAUUGCAAAACUCCUUCCUGGAAGGACAGAUAACUCAAUAAAAAACCAUUGGAAUAGUUCAGUGAGAAAAAGGCUAGAUGAAUAUGACACAGGAGCUGCCCAUCCAGUUCCAGUACAUGUCAGUCAUAAUGAUUUGAAACAGGUCGCGAUGGCCCCGCCUUCUGAGAACUACAUUGACUUGAAUAAAGAGCCAAAUAUCAGUUUGAGAAACCAUUCAGUAAUAGUCGAUCACUCUGUUCCUACCCAUAGUCCACGGGUGUGUAGUUUGAAAAAUAUUAUGGGCUGUUCAGACUUCCUCUCUCUUUCCAUGCCAACUGCUCAACCAGUAACUUCAUGUCAGGCAUCAGUACCUGAUGAUUCUGCUGUUGCUUUAACAAUAAUGGGGAUGAAAAUGGAUUCUGUCCGUGACAAGGACAUGGAACUGAACUUUGUUCGUCAGAAGGGUCUGCAAAUCAAUUUGUCGAAUGAGAAGGGGCUGGAAAUUGACCCCGUAACAGCUAAGCCAGAUGGACGUGAAUCAACCUUGGUAAAAGAGGCUCAGUCCUUUGGUUCUCUUUGUUAUCAGAUACCUAAGCUAGAAGAUAUCGACCUUGUUCGUUCCCCAGUUUUGUCAAGACAUCAUGGAUCAGAACACGGUGUGGAUGGAUUUCAAUCACCCACUGGCUAUGCUACUCCCUCUCCAACUGAUGGAAAACAAUCCGAUCAGCUCAGUGUGGAAUCAAUAUUGAAAAGUGCUGCUGAAAACUUCCCAGGUACUCCUUCGAUACUCAGGAGAAGGAAAAGGGAUAAACCAACGCCUUCUCAAGAUACUGAUUUUAAGAUUAAUGCAAACAGUGAUGGGUUUGACACUCCCAAAGCAAACUGCGCUACAUAUAGCCCAAAUUCAUUUAAAACUGCAUCAUUUUUGUCCUUGGGUCGCCUUGAUGACCAGCAGUUGCCUUCUGUCUUGGGGAAGUUUGAUGUUUCCCCCACAUAUCGACUAAGGUCAAAGCGAAUGGCUGUGUUGAAAACCGUUGAGAAGCAUCUAGAUUUUUCGGCUGAUGCAAUGGAUACUUGCGACAUGGUUGGAACUCUGAAAUCUUCUUGCCGGAAUACGGAGAGCGUCAAUGCCAGCUCAGACAUUUCAAGCGCACACGAUAGGAGGAUUAAUGGGCAUAUGAUUGGGUUGGAAACUCUAACCAGUGACUUUGCACACACAACACAGCUAGAUGCAACCUAAUUCUGUAGUAUCCAGAAGCGGUGGGCGAUCCGCUGGAGAGGGGAUGAAAACCUUAUGCGUCUAAACUGACCUGUCCCUAGACGCUCGCUCACAGGCAGAAUUGACCAGAGAAAGCAGUUUUGUUGAUCUACCGGGUAGAAAAUAAUCAUUUGCCCCGCCAUCUCUCCUUGGCGGGGUGUACAUUCGAUAUUCGAGUCAUCUAGCGAUACUUUUGUCAACAGGAAAAGAAAAUGGCGACUUACAUGUAAUUCAGCUUUAGAAGGAGCUCAGCUGUGUACAAAGAAAAAAAAACCAUAGCUUUAUAGGCUUACAGUUCAGCAAGAUGCCAGAUAGUGGGUGUUUUUUGUUCUUUCGAUCAACGAUCGUUGGACUAUAUUGGUGGGGGUCUAUAAGACUUGUAAUUUGAAGACGUGGAUUAUGGUUGGAAUUUAAAGACGUGGAUUAUCAUCA